GGCCUGGGGGGGCAGGGGCUGGGCCUGGGGACCAGCCUCUACACAGAGGUCUGGCUUUUCUGCCAUUUCAAGGCUCACUCUCACCCUCACCCUCCCACCCCGAUAAAAGAGGGGACAGAGGGGGCUUGGUGAGAUGCCCUGAAGUCUGUGCCCUCUGAACCCUGCAGCCAGGUCCCCGGGCUGGGGACCGGCUGGAUGGGAGCUCAGGCCCCAGGCUGGUCAGAAGCUGCCUCUCACACUGGCUUUCCCCACAUCUUGCAGCCUGUGGUAGCUUGGGUCUGGGGCACCAUGGCCCAGGCCCUGGGGGAGGACCUGGUACAACCUUUCGAGCUGCAGGAUGACUCAAGCUCUUUGGGGUCCGACUCAGAGCUGAGUGGGCCUGGCCCAUAUCGCCAGGCUGAUCGCUAUGGCUUCAUUGGGGGCAGCUCAGCAGAGCCAGGGCCAGGUCACCCUCCUGCAGACCUUAUCCGCCAGCGGGAGAUGAAGUGGGUGGAGAUGACCUCACACUGGGAGAAAACCAUGUCUCGGCGGUACAAGAAGGUCAAGAUGCAGUGCCGGAAAGGCAUCCCCUCAGCUCUCCGGGCCCGCUGCUGGCCCCUGUUGUGUGGAGCCCAUGUAUGUCAGAAGAACAGCCCUGGCACCUAUCAGGAACUGGCCGAGGCCCCUGGAGACCCACAGUGGAUGGAGACCAUCAGCAGGGACCUACACCGCCAGUUCCCCCUACACGAAAUGUUUGUGUCACCUCAGGGUCACGGGCAGCAGGGGCUCCUGCAGGUCUUGAAAGCCUAUACGCUGCAUCGGCCGGAACAGGGCUACUGUCAGGCCCAGGGUCCCGUGGCUGCCGUGCUACUCAUGCAUCUGCCCCCAGAGGAGGCCUUCUGGUGCCUGGUACAGAUCUGCGAGGUCUACCUCCCCGGCUACUACGGGCCCCACAUGGAGGCCGUGCAGCUGGAUGCUGAGGUGUUCAUGGCCCUGCUUCGGCGGCUGCUCCCUCGCGUGCACAAGCAUCUGCAGCAGGUGGGCGUUGGGCCUCUGCUCUACCUGCCCGAAUGGUUCCUGUGCCUCUUCGCCCGCUCCCUGCCUUUCCCCAUCGUGCUGCGCGUCUGGGACGCCUUCCUCAGUGAGGGUGUGAAGGUCCUGUUCCGCGUGGGGCUGACGCUGGUGCGCCUGGCGCUGGGCACCACAGAACAACGCCUGGCCUGCCCAGGGCUCCUGGAGACCCUCGGUGCGCUACGAGCCAUCCCCCCAACCCAGCUGCAGGAGGAGGUCUUCAUGUCCCAGGUGCACAGCAUGGCCCUGUCUGAGCAGGACCUGCAGCGGGAGAUCAGGGUCCAGCUGGCCCGGCUGCCUGAGUCGACGUCCGGGCCACCCCCCAGGCCUCAGGCUCGCCUGCCUGGGGCCCAAGCCAUCUUUGAGGCCCAGCAGCUGGCAGGGGCACAGGGGAGUGCUAAGCCCGAGGUGCCUCGGAUAGUGGUGCAGCCCCCAGAGGAGCCCAGGCCACCACGGCGCAAGCCCCAGACCCGAGGCAAGACUUUCCACGGGCUCCUGACUUGGUCCAGGGGUCCUCCUAUUGAGGGCCCCCCCAGGUCUCAUCGAGGCUCCACAUCCUUCCUGGAUACCCGAUUCUGAAGGUUCCACUUCUGAGGAUAUUGUGGACUCGGUGUCCGCUAACCCCAGUUGCCUGAUUGGCUGAUGCCAGCCUCAAAGAUGGCACUGCACUUUACUGCUGGGACUUGGCAACUCGGCUCCCUUCCCACGGACUGUCAGACACAAGGAUGAAGGAAGGUCACAGAGUGUGGUUUCAGGGCCCCAGGCCUGCCCUUCACCCGCGGAGCUGCCCUGGUACCCGGGCCCUUGCAAGCAUGGGAGCUGGCAUGGAAGGAGUGUGGGGCUAGGGGCACCUGGCAGGGCUAGGGGACCCCAAAGGGCUCCUGGGGAGGCCUAGAAUAAAGUCUGAACAAAACCCUA